GCGUCCGUUCGCGUCGCUGUUCGUGAAAGGCAGUCGGGACGGUCGCUGGCAGUUACCCUCGAGCUCCGAGGAGCCAGGGAGCGAGGAGGGGUCGGCGCGGCGCUCGACUCGCGGAAGAUCCGCGUGGAAGGUACGCGCAGCUGGUGGCACGGUAUGCCGCGGUUCUCGGCGUCGCAGGGACUCGACCGCGGCGGUAGACGUUUUGGCAGUGGCGGACGUCGAGGACCCCGAGAAGAAUCGUCCAGGUCGGCCGAGGUAAGCCGGGAGGUGCGCGAGCGGGAGCGGAGCCGGCGCCCGGGCUGGCAGGACAGGUUAGAGAGCCCUCGGACCGCGGCCCGCGAUGCUGCUCGGCGCUAGAAGAUGGCCGUGAUCGGCGAGGCCAGGUACCCGGCCCGUGUGAACGCACUCAUCGAGUUCUCCCGUCGCGGGAGCGGCGUCCUCGCGUGCUUCUCGCCUUCGUCCUCGGCCUCGUCGUUGUCGCCUCGUCGACCCGAAGAGCGCGGCACGCGCAGGGGCGGUGCGAUGUCGUGCCCCAGGAACUUCGAGCCGGCCGAGCUGAGCGACCCGGAGGACGUCUACCUGGACACGGAUCCGCUCAGGUACGAGCAGAGGAACAUCCAGAGCGUCAUCCACUUGAUCCGCCGGAAUAUCGACGCCCUAAACAAUAAGUUCGCGGGCUUCCAGCAACCUCCCUCGAUUUACCUCCUCGAGUAUCAAGAGUUGACGAGCAAGCUGCACGAGCUCGAGUCUAAGGAGCAGAAGCUCACUGAUUUCCUGAAUGCCUCGACAGGGGCAGGGCCGGAGGACGGACAGAGCUCCUCGAGGUUCAGGUCACCCAGGACUCCGCUGAAGUCUCUGCUCAGAGCUCACUUACCGAAUCAGCAGCGGACCAGCGUGCAAGUACGAGAGGCCAUGUCGCUCAGAGACGCUCUGGCCAGAGCGAUGAAACUUAGGAACCUCACGACCGAGAUGUGCGUCGUGUAUGUAAUCGGGUCCAACAACACCAGGGUGCCCAUUCCCUGGGACACCGACAUCUCCUCCUUGGAGUGUGACGAAAUCUCGGUCGAGAUCCUGGACAAGUUCCCGAUCACCACUUCGAUCUCGCAUAAUUUUGUUCGCAAAACAUUCUUUUCGUUGGCGUUCUGCGAGUGCUGUCAAAAGUUGCUCUUUCAAGGAUUUUACUGUAGAACCUGUAAUUAUAGAUUUCAUCAGAGAUGCGCAGGUGGCGUGCCGGCGCUCUGUCAUCAGGUUCGCAUGCAGGAUGCGUACUAUCAGGCAUUGUUAGCUCACAAUCCAGAAACCAGUGCAGGGAUUCUUCAGCUGCCUUCGGAAUAUGGACUGGGUCGGAAUAUGUCCCCGUCUUUGGCACCGGUGCGAAGCGAUCGAAGACAUCCGAGAUCCUUGGGACAACAGGACCGUUCCAGCUCUGCCCCCAAUGUUUGCUUCAACAUGGUAAAACCUGGAGGAGAUUCUAAUCUGGAUGAUUACGUUAGGUCGCAGAGUCUUGGCCAGCCACUGGGAGCAUCGCAGAGUCCGGUGUCUCCUGGAAGCAGCCCCACGAAACAUAGUCAAUCCACGCAAGCGAGUCCUACCAGUACUUUGAGGCCCAAACGACCGCGUGCAAGAUCUGCGGAUGAAUCGUCGAAAAAUCUGCUGCCACCCCGUGAAUCCAUAGAGGACUGGGAGAUUCCUGCGGACGAGAUCCUCGUAGGUCCCAGAAUUGGGUCUGGAUCUUUCGGGACCGUGUUCAAGGCGCACUGGCACGGCCCCGUGGCAGUGAAAACUCUUAACGUGAAGAUCCCAACAAUGGCGCAGUUGCAAGCUUUCAAAAACGAAGUCGCGGUACUCCGUAAAACUCGUCACGUGAACAUCUUACUAUUUAUGGGCUGUGCCAGCAAGCCGAAACUAGCAAUCGUGACGCAGUGGUGCGAGGGAUCUUCUCUGUAUAAACAUCUGCACGUGUUCGAAACAAAGUUCGAGCUGCUCACCCUGAUAGAAAUCGGCAGACAGACCGCACAAGGAAUGGACUACCUGCACGCAAAGAAUAUCAUUCAUCGGGAUCUUAAGAGCAACAAUAUAUUCCUGCACGACGACCUCACCGUGAAAAUCGGAGACUUCGGACUAGCCACUGCAAAAACAAGAUGGUCGGGAUCCCAACAGUUCCACCAACCGACCGGGUCCAUCCUAUGGAUGGCUCCAGAGGUUAUUCGAAUGCAAGAGGAAAACCCCUACAGCUUUCAGUCAGACGUUUACGCCUUCGGAGUGGUUCUCUUCGAGCUACUUUCUGGCCAGCUACCGUACUCGAAUAUUAAUAACAAAGAUCAAAUCCUAUUCAUGGUUGGACGAGGAUAUCUGGGUCCUGACUUGAACAAACUACGUUCCGACACGCCGAAGGCCCUCAGAAGGUUGACGGAAGAUUGCAUCAAGUACUCGAGGGAGGAGAGACCGAUAUUUAGGCAGAUUCUGGCGACCCUUGAAAGUUUGAUACGCAGCUUGCCUAAGAUCACGAGAUCGGCUUCCGAGCCAAACUUGAACCGCACACAGCUACAGUCGGACGAUUUCCUCUAUGCGUGCGCGUCUCCCAAAACUCCAGUGAACUUCCAGUUUGGAGCGUUUCCAUUCUACUCGACGGGUGGAAACAUCUAAGGGUUCUCCCUGCGGUGUUCUAAUGCCUUUGCACAAGAACGUACAUCUAGAUGAAACGCGAUGCACUUACCUGCGAACAGUCCGUACGUUUCGUUCCAUUGAAUUAUCAUCGUGCUCUAAUUACUCGUUCGACACAGAGCUGCGGUGGCUCCUCGAUAUAUACCGACACUGCUAGGGAACGAUCCCUAGAACGAAGAGAUUCUACUUAACGUUAGAAAUUGACGGUUGGCGAGUUUCAAGUCAUUUUCACCAAUGGCGAAAUCAAUUGGCUGCGUGCGAUAAGCAUGUAUGUUCUGAUUUCUUGUAGGUAUAUAUACACAUAAUUCUCCUAUAUGUUUGUCAUCCACAGAGGAUAUUUCAUUUUACGAGUCGGACUAUUCAUGUAUAUAUACACACGCGCGCACACACACACCCGUACACGAGAGUAAAGCCAAACACACGACAUACAUACGUAAGCAUAACGGUCCAUUGAUUUUGUGAAAUCCUUGAAAAGGAUGUAAAAAUAUCGUAUAAUUAUUAGGCGGAACGGCAUUUAAGUCGCACGGAUGGUCGUUCGUCCGGCGGGAUAUUUUUCCUAAACAAACCAUUGUGAUUUUUGUACCUACUCCCUCGAUUAUUCUCUUAAAAUAUAUGAUGUAUGUAUUCGCAGCGAGAGCAGCGUGCUCGGAAUGCCUCUCUGGCAUUCCCCGUGACCGUGGAGAAGUCGUGGACAUUCGGUGGAGUGACGUGCUGGAUUGGACGAACCGACCACGUGGGGAGAGGAGAAUUGCAAUUGUACAUAUACGGCUGUCAAAGGGAUGCGUGUAUAGGUAUACAUAUAGUUAGCCAGUUUUUGCCAAUUUGAACAACGUUGGAACGUGCAAGCUCGACUUGGUCGAUGAUCGUUCUUCAGUCUACGGUAUUUAAUGUCUCUGACGAAUCAAUUAUGAGGAUUCUGCCCCUUGACGGCGAGUUUUCUUCUUCCUGUCGGUGAUAUGGCCAAUACUUGUCGUCGACUGCUUUGUCGAGGGUCGAUAUCAAGUCUUCACUGUCGCAGGAAUUAGUUGAAUAAUUGAUUGACCAUUAAAUUAAUGUUCAUUAUCAGGUCCUUAAGGUUCGAUCGAUGAGCGGUAUUCCUUCGCUGGUCGAGCCAAGCCCAAUCGGGACUCGGUGUAAUUGUCCAAGGAUAUUCGAUAUGAAACAUUGAACCUUUGUUGAUAUAUAAAAAUAAGCCUACGUUGUACGAAUUUCGGCCACUGUAUCUAAAGGAUCUAUGUUGAAUUUGUUUCGUAAUAAUUAACGUUAGGGUAAUCGCUAUGAAGAACUGUACCGUUGAACUCAUCGUGUUUAGCGUGGACGGGUACAUGGGCCACGUGUCUAAGAGAUGGAAUACAAAAUCUGGACCGCGGUUUUUAAACGUUUACGAUGAGAUUUUAGAUACUUUUUGUCGUUCCGAAUUUUCCCACGGUGAAAAUUUAAUUGUCAUUGGCUAUUUGGCUACUUCCAAAGGCGACCGAGACGUUAUUUUGGGCUUUGAUUGAUCAAUCCUAACACGUAAAAUGUAAAUAGCUUGCGUCGUCGUUUCUUCUACUAAAGUGAAAAUUCUCUUUUUCAGGUGCAAACCAGUCUCGUGGGACAGGCUGGCAAUUAUUAAUCUCCGACCCUGUCUAUUGAAAACAAGAGUGAACUCGUUAUUGAGAAUGUCGAGUCCUAGCAGCUGCGUUGAGGAAAGAGGAGCGCUUUAUGUCAGACUUACGCGUUACCGUAACUGCCAGCCAAUAUCAAAAGAUAACGUCGAGCUUCUUGUACUCUCACCCUCGGACCUCGAACGAGAAUCCUGAGAGGUAAUCGUGCUUGUAAAGAAGAAGCCUCGCCGACUUGUCCCACGAGUCAAGAAGCUGUGGCGGAAGUACUCGAGUCGAUUCCUGGGCAUCGCGUGGCAACGUAACGGAGAGAGCGACUUCUUGGCAUCCCGAGCUUUUUAUUUAUUUAUACGCAUGAUCGAGCGCGGCGAAUGCAACGAAGAGGGAAGCUCCUCGGUCGUCGAAACGUAAGAAAAAUGCCGCCGAAGAAGGAACUAUUUCAGAGAAGGAGAGACGAGGUCCCGGAGGCCCGGAACCAAGAGCACGACGUACGAGCAAAACCGACGACGUUUUCUCGCACCAGGGAAACCGUGAACCAUGAAACAUAUUAACGAUAAUCUCGAUACUCGACGGGAGAAAGGGAGAGUGAAAGAAAGUGAACGAGAGAGGGAGAGAAAGAGAGGGAGAAAAUGUUGAAGAUAGCGCGAAGUGAAGAAAACUAUAAUCUCUUUUGCGGGAUGUGACGAAAGCUCGUGGUAUUUUUAUAUUACGUCGGAUCGCAGCCGUGGAAAACAAUGAUCUCACAGUCUCAGAAACACUUCCUAGGAUCGUUCGAACAAGUUCCCGAUGCUUCCGGUGUUCCAAAUGGGACACUAACAAGGAAAGUACCUGAGGUGUCCCCCUCCGAUUUUGUUCAUUUUUUAAUAUGUUAUAGAGGAC